GUAAUACUCUCUCUCCCACACACCGAAUAUUUCCAGAAGCAAAAGAAAGAAUCUGUAGCCACAGCCCAGAGUGGGAUAGAGAAGAAGAAGCAUUUGGGUCUUUGAUUUUCACUAAAUAAACUCCAACACCCUCCACCCACUUCACCCCCCCCUUUUCUUAUCCAAUUUUUGUGAGAGGGUCGGUUCAUUUGGAUCCUAUAAACAUGUUGGAGGGUCCAUCUUAUCUCAUCUCGAGGGACUUGCCUAGCUCUUGCGAACAAGAGAGCAAGUGGGUUUACAAUACUUUCCGUGUGAUUGAGAUGACGAAUAAGAAGCAUCACUUAGAAGAUAUGGAACAACCUUCAGCGAAAAAGUUAUGCAAGUUGAUAGACGGUGCUCAUAAUGAAAGGGCAGAUUUAAAUCUUCCAGCAACCUUAGUUGACGAUCAGGAUAAGCAGCAUUGCGGUGGAGACCAGUCGGAUUCAGGUUCGUUGAUCCACCAACUUGGUCGGGACAUGUCAAUUAAUUGCCUCCUCUACUGCUCAAGAUCAGAAUAUGGCUCAAUUGCCUCAUUGAAUCGGGACUUCCGAUCUCUUAUUACAAGUGGUGAACUUUAUAAACUACGGAGGCGGAUGGGCAUCGUUGAACAUUGGAUUUACUUCUCCUGCAGCCUUCUUGAAUGGGACGCAUAUGAUCCAAACUCUAACCGUUGGAUGCGUCUGCCUAUAAUGGCAUCAAAUGAAUGUUUCAUGUCAUCGGAUAAGGAGUCCUUGGCUGUUGGGACUGAACUUCUUGUUUUUGGGAAGGAAACGAUGUCCCAAGUUAUAUAUAGAUACAGUAUUUUGAAUAAUACAUGGUCAUCUGGGAUGAAUAUGAAUACACCUAGAUUUCUGUUUGGUUCCGCUAGUCUUGGCGAAGUUGCAAUACUAGCUGGUGGUUGUGAUCCAAAAGGGAACCUCCUGAACUCAGCCGAGCUUUAUAAUUCUGAGACAGGAACUUGGGUCACUCUUCCUAAAAUGAACAAAGCAAGGAAAAUGUGCUCUGCAGUAUUUCUUGAGGGAAAGUUCUAUGUGAUUGGCGGAACUGGGGCAGGUAACACAACUCUUACUUGUGGUGAAGAAUACGAUUUGAAGACUCAGACGUGGCGUGAGAUACCUAACAUGUACCCGGGGCGAAAUGCUGGAGAUGGGGCUGGUGUGCCAGUUGCUGCAGUUGAGGCACCUCCUUUGGUUGCAGUAGUAAAUGAAAAUUUGUAUGCUGCAGAUUAUGCACAUAGGGAGGUGAAAAGAUAUGACAAGGCAAGACAAUUGUGGGUGGCUGUAGGGCGAUUGCCUGAGCGUGUGGUCUCAACAAAUGGCUGGGGGUUGGCAUUUAGGGCUUGUGGAGAUCGACUAAUCGUCAUUGGUGGACCGAGGGCUUUAGGUGGACGUAUGAUUGAGAUAUACUCUUGGGCCCCGGAUCAAGGCCAGCUGCAUUGGGGUGUGCUUGCCAGCAGGCAGUUAGGAAAUUUUGUGUAUAACUGUGCAGUCAUGGGAUGCUGAGGCGUCCGGUAUGCUUAACAACAACCCUCUGUGCUGUCUGGAGUCAUUUCAUAAAGGACUUCUUCAUGAUCCUCACUUUUCAAGGCAAGCUAUCUUUCUCUGCCUUCUGCUGCUGUGGAAAUUGCGGUGAUAUUUAAACACAGAUAGAAUAGGUCCAAUUGAAGAAGGUAGAAUCUUUCUCUUGUUUCUAUUUAUUGCUUUUAUAUCUCCCCUGUUUUUCCUUUACUAUGAGAUAUUCUCAUAUGUCCGUAUCAUUUAGAACAGUCAAAAAAAAAAAAAAAAAAUUAAUAAUCUGAAAUGCUGAUGCAUGUUUUUAGGUUGUUUUGACUAUGUGCACAAGUUCAAAUCCAAAUUACUGAAUUGUGAAGUGAAAUAAUUCUGUAAA